AUGAAAACAUUCAUUGCCUUGUCUCUUUUGUAUUUGACAUUAGCCAAGUAUAAACUAUCUUCAUAUGUAGCUAAGGAAUAUUGUCAAAUGUUGGAGAUUAAAUACAUCCAUUCUAAUAAAUUAUUGUAUCACUAUCAGAAGUAGCAUCCAAAGAUUUUAAUUUCUAAUAAUUGUUUGUUGCUUUGGAUGAAUUAGCAGAAUCUUUUAAAACUAGAAAGAAUGAAGAGAAUGCAUUUUAUGAACAAGAAUACCAACAAUAUUAAUCAGAUGUACAAUACUAUUAAAAUUAAAUUACAGACUUUAAGAAUAAGGUAUGAUUAUGUAUUAAAAUUUUGGUCAGAUUGCUUAAUUAGAGGUUGAUGUAAAAGAUUUAAGUGAUGAAAGAUCUAGAUUAUAAUAAAUGUUAACAGAAGCAAAAUAAGAUCUAUAUGAUGCUACAAAAUUAUUGAAUGCAAAAGAAGCAUAAAUAAAUUCAGAUAAAUCUACUUUUACUCGUUAAUUUAAUGAAUAUGGAGAUACAAUAACAGUUUUAGAUUAAGCAAUAGCAUUAUUAAAUGAAGUUAAAGAUGAAACAUCCUUAUUAUAAAAAGCCGAAAACAUUAAAGAAAUUUCAUCAAAGAUGCACACUCAGUAUUUAUAAAGUUAAAAAUAGUUUGAAAUAACUUUCAUCUAAAAGAGUUUUUUAUUAACCAUUAGUAAAAGCACUCAGUUAAAUUGCAUAGAAUAGCUAUGUUGAUUAAGAAAACCUUAACAAAGUUAUUAACUAUAUGAAUUAAUUAAGACAAUCAUUAAUAGAUGGAUAAACUUCUUUAUAAAAUCAAUUUGAUUCUUAAUCUAAAUUACAAUAAGAUAUUUUAUCAGAAAUCUAAGAAAAAAUAACAGGAAUAAGAGAUUUUUUGAUUCCAAUGUUAUAAUCUGAGAUUGAAACAAAAGAUGGUGAAAUUAAAGCACUUAAUGCAAUUCUUAAUGAUGCAAGACUUAAUUUAUCUGAUGCUGAAGAUAAUCUCAAUGCAACAUAAAACAGAUGGAUUGAAAGGUAUUAAUAAUAGAAUUAUUAUUUAUUUUUAGAACAGCAUCACAUAACACCUUAAUUUAAUAAUAUGAUAAUGAAUUACUAGCCAUUAAAGAUGCUGAAAAUGCCUUAAAAAAAGGAGGUAUAUUUAGAUAAUGAUAAAAUAAAUAAUUGCCCU